GGGUAUUGCCUAAGUGGCGAGUAGUCCCCAGUCUGCAGUGAUACAGGACGCCAAGUGAUACCGCGCGGUGGCAACACCCAUCUCCUCCGAGCUAACGCCAGGCGCUUCCAGUUUGCGUUACCUAUGCACAGGAGAUUGUUGAUCUCCUCUGCGCAAGACAGUAGAAACGAUCCUCAUCAUGACACGUGACAAUCAUGUCCGCCUACACUUAGAAAAUAGGCAAUCGGUUAAACAUGGGAUUGACAACCCAGCAAUGCUUGAAAACGGAUCUACAGAGCAAGUUUGUACACCGGAAAAGAACGAGAAGAAGGUUUCAGAAUCAAAGGAAGUUCUGACAAGGAUAACCGUAGUAAAAUCUCCAAGCAGCCUCGAAAAACCUCCUCUUGAUGAUGAAUACGACCCCUAUCUACACAGAGAUGUUAAACACCCAACAUCAUACUCCGACACAUUCUUCCAUAUGCUGAAAGCAAGUUUAGGAACAGGAAUCUUAGCCAUGCCCAACGCUUUCCACAAUGCUGGAUUCACAGUUGGGACGAUAGGAACGCUCGUGAUUGGAUUCUUGUGUACAUACGCCAUUCACUCUCUGAUCGGCGCAGGAUAUGAACUUUGCAGGCGGCGAAAAGUCCCCAGUAUGACGUACCCUCAAACGUCGGAGGCCGCCUUUGAGGAGGGCCCCCAAUGGCUUCGGUGGUUUACGCCUUACGCUGCGUUCACUACCCAAUUGUUCCUCAUAUUGUACCAAAUCGGAGCAAGCUGUAUCUACGUCGUUUUCAUGGCCAGUAAUAUCAAAGCGGUUUGCGACGAAUACUACGCGGAAACAGACGUGCGACUCUACAUGGUUUACAUCCUGAUCCCUCUCAUUCUGAUCUGUUGGAUUCGGAACCUGAAGCUCCUAGCACCGUUUUCUUCGGCCGCCAACUUCGUGACCAUCGUCAGUUUUGGAAUCACCUUCUACUACAUUUUCUCGGAUAUCCCGCACAUUUCACAACGACAGGCUGUCGGAAAAGUGGAGAACAUGCCGCUGUUUUUUGGAACAGUGUUGUUCGCCAUGGAAGCCAUUGGAGUGAUUCUUCCUCUUGAGAACGAGAUGGGCAAUCCGAAAAGGUUUGCAAGUCCUUUCGGCGUCCUGAAUACUUCUAUGAUACCCAUUACUCUUCUGUACACUUUUGUUGGGUUUUUCGGCUACAUGAAAUUUGGAGAGAAAGCGGAAGGAAGCAUAACUUUGAAUCUUCCGAAAGAUGAAGUGCUAGCUCAAAGUGUGAAGCUUAUGUUGGCUGCUUCUAUCUACAUGUGCUACGCGUUAUCUUGCUACGUAGCUUUUGAUCUCAUGUGGAAUGGAUGGAUUGCGGCUAAAUUGGAGAAAAAUGAACAUAAAACAUUCUGGGAAUACGUUACCAGGACCUCAAUUGUCUUAGUCACAUUCACCCUGGCCGUAGCCAUCCCCAACUUGGAACUGUUCAUCUCCCUGAUCGGCGCCCUGUGCCUGGCCACGAUGGGCAUCGCCUUCCCGGCGAUCAUCCAGAUGCUCACCUUCUGGGACUACUACCGCGGCUUCAGCUUCGUCCUCUUCCUCACGAAGAACAUGAUCCUUAUCCUCAUCGCCCUCCUCGGCUUCUUCAUCGGCACCAGCACCAGUCUGAACAAGAUCUACCACGAGUUCUUUCUCAGUUUCAAUAAAAAUUCAGAUUCGCAAGCAGCCAUCGAUGUGGAGGGAAGCGAUAGUGUCACCAACAAUAGUGAUGACUACGAGCCGCAUGACCAACUACCUCCUGCGAAAUCAGCCUCGUAUAUCGAGUCUCUAUUCAUUCUGAUAAAAGCGACUUUAGGAACUGGAAUCCUGGGCAUGCCCAGAGCCUUUUACACCGCAGGGUAUGUACUUGGAGCUGUCGGAACACUUUUCGCUGGAAUAUUAACAACAGGGAGCAUGAUCUUAAUCGGCAAAUCAGAGCAUGAGCUUUGCAGGCGGAAAAGAAUCCCCCGUAUGACGUAUCCAGAAACAAUGGAGGCGGCAUUUGAGUUAGGCCCGGGAUGUUUGAGGCGAUUUAAAGGCGCUGCAAGGUUCCUAACGACAACUGCAAUAGUCAUGUUGGAAUUUGGCACGGACUGUGCGUAUGCGAUUUUCAUCGCUGUAAAUAUUAAAGAGAUCUGUGAGCAACACUUCUCCCCCGCGCCGCUAAGAUUUUACCUCUUGUGCUUACUGGGACCACUAAUCGUGAUGUGUUGGGUCCGCAAUUUGAAGUAUCUGGCCCCAGGGUCGACUUUAGGUAGUUUUUGCGCUGUCGGGUGCGUCGCUGCCGUUUAUUACUACAUAUUUUCCCAACCAAUGACGCUGGAGGGGAAAAAAGCGGUCGGGUCUGUAAGAGACUUCUCUCUCUUCUUCGGUCAAGUCCUCUUCGCUCUAGGAGCGUUUGGUGUGGUCGUGCCUUUGAAAAAUAAGAUGACAAGACCGGCACAAUACGGAUCGGUCUGCGGUGUAGUUAACGCAGCAACGAUCCCAGAUAUAUUUCUCUACAUCAUCAUCGGCGUUUUUGGGUAUUUGGCUUACGGAGAAAACACACAAAACCCAAUCACUUUGAAUAUGCCGCAAACUGGAAUCGUUGGCGAUUUGAUUCGGAUUCUGUUAGCGUGCUCAAUUUUUACGACCUACCCUCUUUGCAAUUACGUUGUGAUCGAACAACUCUGGCACAAAAACUUGAGGCUAUGGCUUGGUGAUGUCAAAAAUCCACACCAAUGGGAGUACGCAUUCCGGACAGUUGUAACGUGCGCAAACGUCCUUUUUUGUAUCGUGGUGCCAAGCUUGGAGUUGGUGAUGUCCCUCGUGGGAUCCCUGAUGGUGCCGGCACUUGGUCUCUGGUUCCCGGCCAUCAUGUACACACUCACGUUUUGGAACGAGUACAGAGGUGUGAAAUUCGCUCUCUUCUUACUCACAUCCAUCGUUCUCGCUUUGACCGGUAUGUUCGCCCUUGUUGUAUCUCUGAGCACCACUCUCACUGAGAUCUACGAAACUGUUCUCUAGUCAAAUUGAUCUGUGUAUUUUUUUUAUUCUUGUUGUAAAUAUAAACCCUUUUUGCUACCUUUU